AUGUCGGGCGAUUUGACUAGUAUUUCAUCAAUAGAGACAUCACAGUCUAACAAUUUGGAUGUCCCACCAUACAAUGGUGAAAACGGGAAUAAACAUCAUACCAACAACAACAUAAUUACUCGUACUUCAACGAUAAUAUCAAAUGUUAUUGAAGAUAAUAAAUUUGCAAAGACACAGGUUGAACCCAACCCCUCAUUCGAUCCAAAUGAUUUGAGGAAAGUUGGUACGGCUGCAACCUCUUUGGAUAAUUAUCCGGUUGAUGAGGAGAGCGGUGACCUAAGCUCUUCUUCAUCACAGAAGGAAGAAACAGUUGUAGAUAGUGGAAGAUAUAAUCGCUAUGACAUUGUGAAUAAACCACCAGAUGGAGGAUUUUGGGCGUGGACCUCAGCAUUUUGUGUGUUAGCUAUAAAUACUUUCAGUUGGGGGUUAAAUGCAUGUUUUGGUGUUUACUUGAACUACUAUAUAUCUACGGAUUAUUUCCAUAACGGUAAAAUGGAACAGUAUGUAAUGAUUGGUGGAAUGAAUUUAGGUUUAUCAUUCCUUGCAUGCGCUUUCACUAAUGGCUUAUCCCGCCGUGUUAACUAUAAGAUUUUAAUGUCGAUUGGUACUGCAUUGACAUUUCUCUCCUAUUGGCUGGCGUCUAUUUCUAAAACAGUUGUUCAAUUAGUCAUGUUUCAAGGUUUCUUAUUGUCCAUUGGAUGGGCUUUAGUUGCUGGUUCAACAUUUGUCAUUCUACCAACAUGGUUUUUAAAGAAAAGAUCCAUUGCUCAGGGUAUCGCAACUGCAGGUGGUGGGUUAGGUGGUAUUAUUUUUAGUAGACCUGUUGAUCAAAUUAUUAAGACUUAUAUGGAUAAACCAGAAUAUGCAGAUGACCCAAACCACGCAUUGAAACUAGGAAUUGCAUGGGCCUUAAGAAUGCAAUCUUUUGUUUGUGGCUUCAUGCUAGUUUUAUCCAUCAUUUUAAUUCGAACCUACCGCCCAAUUAAAAAUACUUCAAAGGAUAAAAAACCACUAUAUAUCGAGUUAACUGCGUUUUUGUUCCGGUUUGAUCUAAUGAGACAGAUUCCUUUGAUUUGUCUCAUGCUUUGGAACAUGGUUUACUCGUUAUCCUACAGUAUUUUGCUAUUUUCAUUAUCAGCAUAUGGUUCAAGUAUCGGGUUAAGCUACAAACAGGGAUCGAAUGUAACAACUGUCCAAAGUGUUGCACAGACAGUCGGAAGACCUUUGUUGGGAUUCCUAUCGGACAAAAUAGGGAGGGUCAAUGUCACACUUAUUUCAACGAUCUUGAUUACAAUAUUUUCGUUUGUUUUCUGGAUCUUUGUGACGACUUAUGCGCAACUAAUUGGGUUUGCAUUUGCAGUUGGCAUUUUGCUAGGGGUGAACUGGGUCAAUUUUGGACCGAUGACAGCAGAUGUUGUUGGGGGAGGUGGUGCCGACAUGAAUCAUGCGGUUUCUCUACAGAUGUUUACAGGCGGUUUCCCUUUACUAAUUGCCGAGUUGGCAGGGUUCAAGUUGAGAAGAUUCGAUAUGGAGAGACCUUUCUUGUAUUGCCAGAUCCUUGUAGGGGUUGCAGCAGGUGUGAGUGCUGCUGCACUAUUACCAUUUAGAGAAUGGAAGGUCAGAAGGAUUUUGAUUGCACGUAAGAAAAAUUUUGAAAGUGGGUUAGAAUCCAAGGAAAAGGAGGGAGAAUUUGCAAACAUGGAUCAUGAUGAGAUAACUUCUGAAAUCAACAGACUUGAUGGUAUGCUUGCAAAUGAUAUAAAGACUUACAUACUUAGAAUGAUAUAUCCUAUCGCAGUUUAA